AUGCUCAUAGGAUCCACCGAGAUGGUCUUACAUUCCUCCCGACCAAACCCGACGAAGAACACGAUUCCUCCCAUCAAGAUUGGGCUGAAGAAGGAUAAGUCAACCUCCAAGUUGUACGAGCUAAGAAACAGUCUCAAGGACUUUAAGAUCAACCCUCUUGCAUCUGGACUGGUGAACACGAGACCCAGAUUCUUGUCUGGAUACUCGAAAACUACUUAUGUGUCGGCUCAAUCUGUCACUGAUACAGUACAUCUUGAUGCUCCACCUACUGCAGACUUCUCAAAUAAAGAUGUGAGAAUUGGAAGUAGGGGUGAAGAAGGUAUAGAAAGUAGUGAGGUUGAAGCAAAUCAAGAAGAACAUGAUGGUCAUGAGGUGACUGAAACACAGUCUGGAGAUUGCAAUAUUGAGGGUGAUACUGAGAACACAAGUGCAAUUCAAAACACUGGACACCAAAUGAUCACUAGGAGCAAAGCUGGGAUCUACAAACCAAAAGUUUACUUAACUUAG